AUGUCAAAGCCUCAUAUUGAGCACGAGGAGCCUGUUCAGGACGGUCUCUCCCGGACACUCAAGGAUCUCUUCGCAGGUGCAGUAGGAGGAGUCGCACAGGUACUCAUUGGACAACCUUUCGACAUCGUCAAGGUUAGGUUACAAACAACAUCACAAUACUCUGGUGCCUUGGAUGCUGCGACCAAAAUCUACCAAAAUGAAGGAGCACUUGCUUUCUACAAGGGUACGCUGACACCACUCAUCGGAAUCGGAGCUUGUGUAUCUGUUCAAUUCGGUGGCUUCCAUUACGCGCGACGCGCCUUUGAAGCUAGCAAUGAGGCAAAAACCGGAAAAGGCCAACUCUCGUACUCACAGUAUUAUGCCGCUGGUGCUUUCGCCGGUAUCGCCAACACCGCUCUGUCUAGUCCUAUCGAGCACAUCCGCAUAAGACUGCAGACACAGCCGCACGGCGCGAACCGCCUCUAUGCCGGCCCAAUCGACUGUGUGCGUAAGCUCACUGCACACCAAGGCAUCCUCGGCGGCGUUUACCGCGGCACAGCUGUGACAUUCAUGCGCGAAGCCCAAGCUUACGGCUGUUGGUUUACUGCAUUCGAGUACAUGAUGAAUGCAGAUGCUGCGCGCAACAACAUUGACCGUUCGGAAAUUUCCACUCUAAAAGUUGCGGCUUAUGGUGGACUCGCUGGUGAAGUGCUUUGGAUAAGCAGUUAUCCGUUCGAUGUGAUCAAGAGCAAGAUGCAGAGUGAUGCGUUUGGCAAGGAACAGAAGUACAAGAGUAUGAGAGACUGCUUCGCCAAGACAUAUAGGGGAGAGGGUCUGGGUGGCUUCUGGAGGGGUAUUGGACCGACUCUGUUGAGAGCUAUGCCUGUAUCUGCGGGUACAUUCGCCACGGUCGAGGUAACGAUGCGACUCAUUAGCUAA